CUUCUUCUCCUCUUCUGCUCUUCCACCAUUCUGCUUCUUCGCUUCUUUUCGGCUCUUACUGUCCACUGUCCACUGUCCACUGUCGAGUAUCGAGUAUUGAGUGUCGAGUAUAUUAUUUAUCAACCAUCUGUCGCCUUUUCCGUGUCUUCAGUUGGUCUGUCUUCUCCGACAGACCCCGGUCAGCCGUACUUUUGUCCGUCCCCUCUCCACACCAUCCAUGGGGAUCUACUAGGCCAACUUGCAACGCCGCCCACGGCCUCUUUUCCCUUUCCAACUCUCUCGUCUCGACUCAUUCUUGGUCCCUCUAUCUGGAUUUCAGCCUCAAUUCUAUAACGAACUCACGACGAAACGGUUCUACUUGAUUACUAUAUACUCAACCUAUUAGCACACCGUGGCAGUACUAGCUACUGGCCACAACAUGCGCUCGAUGGAUGCUUUGGGAGCCUUCUCCCAUCUUUCGGAUAACGUUCCAUCCUGGAUCAAUCGAGUAUCUGAGCUUGCCGCUUACACUGCCGCCAAAAACGCCGAGUACAGCGAGGCCUAUAAGAAAUACUCCAAGGGAAGAAAGCCGCGUCGACGAAAGAACAGUUCUGUCUGCUCGAUUCAUACCGAAGAUUUGGAUAAGCCGACCCAGGACCAGGAAGAGGCCGAAGAGACUGAACAGACUGAAGAAACGGCCGGUGAGACUGGCUCUGCUGAGAACCCGCUCAAGCGUGGAUGUGACGACGCUUUCUCUGGUACUUCCGACGGCCCGCUAAAUGUGGUCAGUUUGCGACACAAUGUUAUUAUUCACUACGACGGCCAUACCCAGCAGACCCUCGAGGAACUCGUCCGGGAUAUCGGUACGGCAAGGAACAACAUCCGCAAAGGCAAAAUGUCACAGCUCUCGGCCCCUAGUCUCCGACCUGGUAUGAGGAAUAUGAGACCACCACCGUCGCUGCCAGGAGAGGCAGAUAGUCCGGCCGCUUUACUACCCAACAUACGCAGCGCCCGCAACCGAGGCCCUCCAAAGGGGUCGCCAUUUGAUGCUGCCGAUAAACACCUCGAAUUGGCCCACAGUAUGUGUGAGACGGCAGCGUACCAGUUCCUCCGUGUGGGAACCUGCUCAACCGAACUGAGCAGCGUGGAGGGGAAACUCACAACUCUACAAAGAAUGGCUACCAGCGAGGUAGAGCGACUGCGAGAAGAACAAAAGCAGAAUCCCCGGGAGGAAGAAACACCCAACGCUCCAGCUGAAGAUGAUAAACCCCUCGCGUCGGCCGAUGGGGCGAUUGAAGUGGACGAUUCGUCAGACGUAUCAGUCGAAUCGAUUGAUUUAACAGCGUUCCGAGCGAAUCGGAAUCGGUACAGAGCCUAGGACGAGGAAGCAGCCUCAUCUGUCAUUUUUGAUAUUGCAAUUAUUUGAGCGAUUCAGCACCCAUUCCUUGCGUUUAGCGUUGUGGAAGCAUUUGAUCGUUGCCCUGAGCGAGAAAAGGCAUUCCAUCUAGCGGGUUUCCGUUCUUUCAUUCUGAAUACCCUUGGACUAUCAUUCUUUUUAUACAU